UUAACCGCGUAACGCAGCGCUCCAGCUGCGAUCGCGGGUUUUGCCGACUCAUCUUCUGUCUUCGGGUCAGCCCGCAGCUCACAGACCUUCCCUGUCUGCCUGCGGGGGCUUUGGCGGCCCGAGUAUUGUUCUUUGGCUUCAGAAGCAUUCGUGUUCAAUUUUUCCUGGAAAUCCCGUUUAAAAUGGAUCCACGAUCCCCAGGCGCAGUAUGCUCAUGCCGUUCUGGCGUUAGUGUUGAAGUGGUGGCUAUGGAGAGCUAUUGUUUACUUAGCUGCAUCUUCGGUGAAACUUCGGUGUGUUCUGCGACUGCCCUUCCACCUGUGGGAAGCUUGAGUGUGAGGUGUUUUUCGGUGUCAGCCUCGGAGGGAUUAUAAAAAUGACUCUGCUAGUUAAAAUGUGGACUAGUGCCCCCCCCAGUCCCACAUAUGUUUUCUGUGCAUUUUUUUUUUUAAACUCUCCUCACGCCUACCUACUGCCCUUAUUUGGGGCUUCUUCCUCCCCCACUGGUUACAACUAAGCCAGUAUCCCAGUGCACUAAGUUCUGUGAUGGAGCUGAUUUGAGAGCUUUCUGAAUAAUUCAUUUCAUUUGCAGUUGUCUGCUUCUUUUGCAGUUGUCUUUUAUUUUCUCUGUAACUGCACUAUGACUACAGCCCCUGAUGUGAUGAUACUUUUUAAAAUACCAUCUGUAUAUUUAGCCUGGACUAUUUUAGACAUUCUCCCUAUUUGGGAGGAGAAGAAGUUCUGCAGAAUGGAACAGGAUAGUGUGAUAAGCUGUUUUGCAGAGUUCCAAAGGGAAACUUUUUCUUGGUAUUUGACCUAGAAUUAAUCGUCAUCAACUUUGAUCCUUUAUAGAAAAGUCUUACACACAGAUCACAGUAUAGCUUUAGACUGGCUCAACAUUAUCGAGGCCCACGUCACCAUCUUAUCACAUUGUCAUGUGUUUUCAAAGAGGUCAUCAGAGAUAAGGUUUGAUGCAGUCCAAAAGGCACCUGUGUGAGCUUUGUCGCAUGAGGCUGUUCUUUAUGCCUAUGUGAAGAUACUGAGAAAUAACUGGAAAAUGAACUUUGUCAUGCAUAUGGAUUGAAAUGCAGCAAAUUUAUGUGCUGGUUUAUAAGUGAGCUACGUCUUAGGAAAUAAAGAAAUGGAUGGGAUGGACGAAACAUCUAAAAAAAUCCUAGAGCCAUACCAGUAUUUACUUCAACUACCAGGUAAGCAAGUGAGAACCAAACUGUCACAGGCCUUUAAUCACUGGCUGAAUGUUCCGGAAGAUAAAAUACAGGUUAUCAUUGAAGUGACAGAGAUGUUGCACAAUGCAAGCCUACUUGUGGAUGAUAUUGAAGAUAACUCAAAGCUACGACGGGGCUUUCCAGUGGCACACAGUAUCUAUGGAAUUCCAUCUGUAAUCAACUGUGCUAAUUAUGUUUAUUUUCUUGGCUUAGAGAAGGUUUUAACCCUUGAUCAUCCUGAUGCUGUUAAAGUUUUUACCAGUCAACUUCUGGAACUCCAUAAAGGUCAAGGCUUGGACAUUUACUGGAGAGAUACUUACACCUGUCCUACAGAGGCUGAGUAUAAAGCAAUGGUACUGCAAAAGACAGGCGGUCUCUUUGGAUUAGCUGUAGGCCUCAUGCAGCUGUUCUCAAACUAUAAAAAAGACUUAAAGCCACUUCUUAACACACUUGGUCUCUUCUUCCAAAUUAGAGAUGACUACGCCAACUUGCACUCCAAAGAAUAUAGUGAGAACAAGAGUUUUUGUGAAGACUUAACUGAGGGCAAGUUCUCAUUCCCAACCAUUCAUGCAAUUUGGUCAAGACCUGAAAGUACUCAGGUGCAGAACAUUUUACGUCAAAGGACGGAGAACAUAGAUAUAAAAAAAUACUGUGUUCAUUACCUUGAAGAUGUCGGUUCCUUUGAGUACACUCGGAAUACAUUGAAAGAGCUUGAAUCUGAAGCCUAUAAACAAAUUGAAUUGCUUGGGGGAAACCCUGAGCUUGUAGCACUAGUUCAACAGCUGAGCAAAAUGUUCAAAGAAACUGAAAAUUAAAAAAUUAACUUGUGGGUGUGGAUUAAAACUCUUUUGAAAAUGGGAAAAUAACCUGAUGGAGAGGUGUGGUAAUCAGUCUUAUGUAAAACUUUCUCUUGUAGCCAUGUUACAGAAAUUACUGUUAAAAAUAACUUGUCAUUGAGUUUUGAAAUAUAUACCUUAUUAUCUCUACAGUCUUAACUGUAACUGCUUUACGCUUGAUUUUGUUAAAGCAGGUGUACUAGAACUAAACAAGUUUUGAGUCUAAAUGUAAUAGUCUUGACACAGUCACAGGCAUUAUUUCACACCUAAAACUCUCAUGCCCCUAACCAGGCUAUGAUAGGAUUCUGAUUGAAAUUCUGUGUUAAAUUAAAUCAGGUUGACAUAUGUGUAUUAUGCAUUUUAAACAAUGCUCUUGUAAACCAAAAUUUGUGUUGAAAAAAAAGGUACUUGCAACCACAAUAUCCAUAAAGCUGUUGUAUGAUGUUUCCAAGUUUGACAUGUGAAGAUCAGGUGGAUCAGUUUACUAUGUCCUAGGGUGUAUAUCCUAUCCUGCUUCUGUGGAUAUUUUCAGGGUAAUGUGAAUUAUGAAAGACAAUAUUUCAUAUGCCAAUAAGAUGUGCUCAGUCUGAAAUUGUGACUUCAUAAAGAUUUUGAAGUACCUUAGAGAAAAGAUUGCAUCACAUCAGCAAAGUGUAAAUUUGCUGCUGAUUCCAGCUCUGCAGUGAGUAAUUUUGCUCACCUGGUUUUAGAUUUUGAAAUGGUCAAACAUUCUGUAGCCAGAAACUUCAAUCUAUGCAUUAGACCUCAUAUAUGUAACUGUAAAUAGCAACAUAAUGAGCUGCUAUUAGAAAUGGAAAGGGAUUCACAGCAGGUAACUUUAGGACACCAUAAUUGGUGCAGGUCUCUUUAGUCUCUGAUUAUAAUUGAGGGGCUUCACCAGGACUGUAUUCAUAAUUCAUAUUUCAUUCCUGUUCUGAAUUGCUGUCUGGAGGUAUGUUCUGUAUCUCUCCAAAGAGACAAGAGCAGUAAUUUUUUUUUUUGUUUUAACAAAGUACUGUAUCUUGUUUUACAAGCUACAAUACCACUUCGGUUUUGUUAAUUGCUUAAAUAAAGCUUUAAAAAUUACAGACAUACCAAAAUAGAACUGGGACUUGACAGCAAGAUUCAGGGGUGGGGGUGCGUAUCAAGAUAUAUAUAUAUAAAUAAAUAAAUAUAUAGAAAGGUGUUAAUAAAAUGUAAGCAGAGAUGUUUGGUUUUCUUCUUGCCUGGGCUGGCUUAAAUCAGGUUCAGUUCCCUUAGUAUUCACAGGUAUAUUAAGUUUUGCUUUGGGCUAGUAAGGUAACGGUUUGGAUCAGAGGUAGGACUGGUGCUGUAAGCUGUGAUGCUAGCUCAAGCAUGCUCUGAAAUGGACAGAGGUAGUUGGCUUCUGAUGGCUAAAGGAUAGUUUUAUGCAGGUAUUCAUUUACUGUAGCUGGAAAACAGGGAGAGCUAUGAUCUCGGCCCCCCUGAGAAAAUUAACUGAAGGAGGUUGCUUUAAUGCCUUCCCUGGGCAGCCCUAGUAUCUUUUUGAAAGUGAUCAAACAUGACAAAAUUGAGGAUGACUGCUUUCAGUCUGAAAUAUUAUGUAGUUAUGGAUGAUAGCUUAUCCCUUUUAUCUGCAUGCUGAGGAGAAAUCUUUGUCUGAUUAGACACAGAAUAAUAGGUUUUUCACUGAGUGGACCUGGUUACUGGUACUGAAUAGCUUAAAGUUGGGGAAAGGUGUCUUAAAUGUUAAUGAAAGAGAAUUCGAAUUCCUUUUUUGUAACUUGCAGUGCUUAGUAAGCCUGUAAAUUUUUCAUGUGUUAUGUGAAAAUACUAUCUGCAGCAAAUUACAUUUAUUUUGUGCCAUGUCUUGGGAGUUUCUAAGCACUGUUGCAGUUAAUGUUGAAUAGGAGAAAGCACUGAGAAGAUUAUUGUUGUCACGAGAAUCUCCUAGUCUUACUGUGAAAUGUAUCCUUGUGGCUGUUAGGAUGUUGCAACUGCAACACAAUGCUAAGUGCACUUAGUACCAUGUAAUUUCUGUUCUGUUGCUGGAUGUAAACAGUUCUGUGUUAUCAAACUUUCAUAAUGAAGUAGCUUUUCUUUUUGUAUAAAGCUUUUGUACCAUCUGAGAUUUCUGCUAUGUCAUCACUCCUUUGUUUCACUCUGGCAAUUCACCCCAGUAUUUAUUCUAAUUCUGUAUCUUGUAGCAUGUGCCUUCAUUAUGAGUAGGUACAUGGAUGUUUUCCAGUUGCAGACCAUUUAAACCACAAAUGGGUAAGAAGGAAAAAGUCAGUUCAGCUUUCUUUUCCCAGGUUACAAGAGGCCAUGCAAUUCUUACUCUUCUGCCUUCAAGGCAUUUGAUGCCAGUAUUCAAAGCAUAUGCUGAGGGUCUAUCUGAAAAGGCCCACAAGUAGAGCAUGUUGCUCUUCACUUUGGUUAGGAUAAACAGGAUUGUGAGAGCUUUUCUUGAUGUAUUCAGGAGUCAGAAGGAGCUGGGAUAUUCCCCCUUCAUUUGUUAAGAUGGUAGAGCACUUUAAGUACUAAAUGACAGUCAUAAUGAUGUUCCUUAGUCAAGGUAGGUUUUAUAUUUGGUGCCAUAAGAUCAGUCUGUGCAUUUUCAUCAAUAUUCUCCAAAGUUAUCACUGAUACUGGCUCCUGACAUUAAGUAGUGUUAGGAAAAACACUUCUUUAAAGCAGCAUAGGAGUUCUUGUGACUGCAGAAUUAGUUGUUUAAGUGCCCCUCUCCAUUGCUAUGCUUCCCACAACACACAGAGCAGUGAUUUUUCAUCAUUUUCAUAAAAUGUGCACUGUUAGGGAAUGGCAAUCUGAGUUGCAAGUGGAGAUGCCCACAGGGAAACAAAGGGGAUGCUGGUUUCAAUGUCAGUCCUUUUGAGCCAGAAUCAUCCCCCUUAUCUUCCUACCAUUGCUGACAAGUUCUACUUUGAUCAGGUUAUGAGUGCAUUUCUUAGGGGUUUAGUUCUUGCAGUUCACAUUAAGAGAAAUGCAAAUACUCAUCAGUCUGGAGCAUUCCCUGGUACCUCAGUUUGUUUUCUGAUUGUGUGCUUGCUUGGAUGCAAAUGAAUGCUGACACCUGUCUUAAGAGUACCCAGCCAUUGGAUGGGAUAUCUGUCUUUGUUUUUUCAUAGGCUUAUGUUUACCCCAUUAGUUAUGAUGAAAAUGGCAUCAUUUCAAGACCUUCCUGAGGAGAUAUCUUUCUCCUCUCCUUCUGAACUCAGGCCAUUCAGGUACCCACUCAGAACAACUUUGAAUGUAUCAGUCAGUUGUUGAUACAACACAGAAACGUUAAUGGGAAAGAAACUGUUGGCAUUUGUUUAUGCUUCUUUUGUUAAUUUUGCUUAUCUGGCUGAAUGUGAUAUGGAAAUUUCCUAUAUUAGUGACUGUUUUCCUCAGUUAUUAUUAAAAUUCUAGUAAGGUAUAAGAACGUGGGGUUUGUGAGGGGGUUUGUUCUUCUCAUAUAAAACUGGUUUUAACUUUAAUAUGCCUUUAUCACUGAAUUGGGCCAGACUUUUAUUCAUGUGCAAGGGCCAUAUGGGCAUCUGCUGCAGUUCUUUGUCCUAUCUUAAUCAUUUUACAUUUCAGGCUUGGUAUUUGCUAUGUUCUUUGUAUUAUUUGCUCAGUACUUUCACUGUAAUUCUUCUUUCAGCUAUAUUUCUAUUCUGCUGUUAAUACCAAGCACACAUAAUACCAUUAAACUCAGUUUUGAUCCUGGACAAACAUAAUAGUCUGGGUCUUCUUUUGAAAUGUUGAAUCGGGGCUCAUCAUUCACCUUCACAAAAGUAAUCCAAGAUUAAUCCAGGAUUUUCUGCAACCUUGAAAUUCUUGAGUCUUUUUUUCCAGGAAGCUAAAACCUGUAACAUUUUAUAUGACCAUAAAUUAUUUUUGUCUCAUGUAGCUUGAGCUACUUUCCUUGCCCUACCUGUUUGCUUUCAAGAUCCAUUUUGCUUUGGUGGUAAUGCCUGUUUGGUCUUUUUAUGAAUGAACUUAACUCACUAGCCCUGGGGGAGAAAAGUUAAUUUUUGUCCAGGUUAAUUAAUUAUCCCACUCAGCAAGGGCCUGAUGAAUGUCAUGAGUUGGCAGGUGGACAAAGGCCAGGGAAAGAAUUUGAGAGAAUAAGAAAACUCGUUUUUGCCUCCUGAGGCUGCCUCAUGUGAUUUCACCUUGUUUUACAGAAUUUACUUGACUUCGUUAGGAAAAGCUAAAGUGUAUGCUUAGUUUCUCUGAGCUUUCCUUCUUGCUUUCCAAAUAGACUGUGAGAGAUACUUAGGUUAAAAAUUAUUUAUUCUGGUAAUUAUUUAUGUAACUUGCAUAUAUCAUCUAAAGAUUCUGAUUAAAGGUACAGAUAAAACAUA